AUGUCGGACGACCUCAAGGACGAAAUCGAAGUCAUAAACUCAAUCUACGGAGACGGCACCCUCUCCCCCUCCACCCCGCCAGACUACAUCCUCGCGCUGCCCUCGGCCUCCUCCCUCACCCUCCGCCUCACAGACUCGUACCCCUCCGUCCCGCCACAGGUCCUCGGCACCCACAGCGCCGGCGAGGGCGCGCCCCGCGGUGCCGCCGCCCGCGACCUCGCCCUCUUCCGCGACGCCAUCGCCACCGUCUACCAGCCCGGCGCCGUCUGCCUCUUCGACGCGAUAGAGGAGUACCAGCGGUGGGCCGAGGCCAGCGCAGAAGCUGAGGCCGCGGCGCGGAGCCCCUCCCCAGAAGCAGCAGACGAGUCCUCCUCAGCAGCAGCAGCAGCAGCAGCGUACGAAGAGUCGUCGGUGCCGGCGUACCUCGCCGAGGAGCCGCCGUGGGUGAUCUCAGACCCCUUCGUGGAGCUCAAGUCCGUCUUCGUUGCGCGCGCGGCGCCGGUGAGCAGUCCAGAGCAGGCGGCGGGUUAUGUGCAGCACCUGCUCGCGACGGACAAGAAGGCGCGGACGGCGACGCACAACAUGACGGCGUGGCGGAUCCGGGGCCCGAACGGGACGAGCUUCCAGGACUGCGACGACGACGGGGAGACGGCGGCGGGCGGGCGGCUGUUGCAUCUCAUGCAGCUGAUGGACCUGUGGGACGUCAUGGUCGUCGUGACGAGGUGGUACGGCGGGCAGAAGCUCGGCCCGCGGCGGUUCGCGCUGAUUAACAGCUCGGCGAGGGAUGCGUUUGUGAAGGCGGGCUGGGUCGAAGAGGCAGGGAAGAAGAAGGGCGGCAAGUAG